GCUGACAAGUCAGGAGGAAAUGGAGAACAAGGCCAUGUAUCUGAGCACGUAUGAAGAGAGGGACAACGGCUCCAUGUAUGAAGAAGCCUACGACGGACGCAACCUGUCCAAACUCAACCUGUGCGAUGAAGGUUCUGGAAAGCGUCGCAGGAAGCAGGAUCAGUGCUGCGGUCACCUGAACUCGCUCUCAGCCAUCAAGUAUGCCAUUGUUUCCCUCUACAUCCUGGUUCUUCUCACCAUCUUUGGACUCUGCCUGGCAGUCUCUCGUUCCCAGGUUUCUUCACAGCGACAGGAGGUGCUGAUGGAGAACGUGACCCGGAUGUCGGAGCGCUCUCGGCUGCUGCAGCAGACCCUGGGCGAGGCGUCCACUCAGGCCGACCUGCUGGAGAACAUCUGGAAACUGGAGAACCUCUUCCAGAACCACAGUGACUGGCUGCAGAGGCUGGAGAUCCUCAUCAAGGGCGUGGAGGUGGAGCUGAGGAGCAUCCAGACUUACUCUCUUCAGUCAGAGGGCUACCUGGUGCAGCUGGAUGACAGGCUGUCCUCUCUGAGCAGCUCCGCCAGCCGGAACCUGACCGGCUUGAGCUCGGAGGUGGCCCGAGCCUCCACCUGGCUCCGUGACCAGGACCUCCUGCUCCAGGAAACCUCAUGGAAGGUGAGCGGGCUGAGAGAGAAACUGGACGAGGUUAAUUGGACGGUGGGAGCUGUCAAUCACACCUUCAGCAAUGACAUCACUAUUCACAAGUUGAAGAUACAGGAUUUGCAGAUCCAGAUCAGCAACAUCACCGAGGACACCAGCAGUUUAUGGGUGACCCACGUCCACACGGAGGCCCAGCUGAGGAACGAGAUGGAGAUCCUCAACAGGAUCACAGAGGACCUCCGCCUGAAGGACUGGGAGCACUCCAUUACCCUGAAGAACCUCACCAUAAUAGAAGGGCCUCCGGGACCGAAGGGAGAGAAGGGUGACACCGGACCGCUUGGGUCCCCUGGGGCUCCCGGGUUGACUGGCUUGAGAGGGUUUACAGGAGAAAAAGGAAUGCAGGGCCCUCGUGGUAUCAAAGGGUCGGUUGGUGUCGAAGGUAUUCAGGGAGAAAAAGGAGACAUUGGACCUGUCGGGCCUAAAGGUGACAGAGGAGAACGAGGGCUGAAGGGAGAGAAAGGGGAUCGAGGAGACCGAGGAGAGAAAACAGUGGAGGAGACCCUGGUGCGGUUGGUGAACGGGUCGGGUCCUCACGAAGGCCGCGUGGAGGUUUUCCACGAACGUCGCUGGGGCACGGUGUGUGACGACGUCUGGGAUAAAAAGGAUGGAGAUGUGGUGUGUAGGAUGCUGGGAUACCGAGGAGCCGCAGAGGUCCAUAAGACUGGACGCUUCGGACAGGGUACUGGUCUGAUCUGGAUGGAUGACGUCGCAUGUGCAGGGACUGAGGACACCAUCCACCAGUGUAACUUUUCUGGCUGGGGCAAAACCAACUGCGGCCACGUGGAGGACGCUGGUGUGACCUGCGCCGUCUAAGACCUUCGCGAUCCCGGUCCUGCUGCAGCGGCAGAAUAUCUCCUCAAACGGUGCCUUGAACUUUUCAGAAGCUACAAAGUGCGCAACAUCCUACCAGCUUUUUUAGAAGUUCACGUCUAAACAUGUGACUGUUUUAGCCACGAGACUGAAUCAUGGGGCUGAUGAAAGUGCACGCAUUUUUUAAGACUUUGAGUUGAUACGCAGAGGGAUGAUCGCACGACAGGACUCUUCAUCAGGACUGUAUUACAGAGCUCCCCUGUCUUCAAUGAAGGACCAGAGGUCAGCUUUUAUAGGAGUAGAGAGAAGUUGCCCUCAGAGGCUUGUCUGGGGUCAGUUUGCUGUUUUGACCUCCAGGGUGGAGUCAAACUGAUCCAACAACUCCAUCAUCCGAGAGCCUUCAAUUGUCAGCUGUUGUCUCCAAGAUGCUGCGGAGCUGAAACGGCACAUAACUAAACUGACGUGACUGUUUUAUUGAUGAACUGAUUUUUCAUUUACAGGCAGCUUUUCUUCUCAGUAUUAUGUAGGAAUGGCUUUUGCUAAGCAUACCACAGUGUUGCCUUAUCAUAUCUAUCAUAUAGCGUCAUUUGGUGAUUUGCAGCCUUGACAUCUGAGUUGAA